CAGCCAUGGUGGCGGGGCUGAGGUCUUCUCAGAGGCCGGGGGCGGGACGGCGCGGGCCCUGAUUAAAGUGCCACGGCUGUUUCAGCGCUGCAGAAAGGAGGGAUUCUCCAAGGCAGAGGUUGCGGCAGGCGCGGAUCUCGCAGGAGCUGCUGUGAAAUAAGAAUCAAGCUUUACAAUGACAACCUAUUUGGAAUUCAUCCAACAAAAUGAAGAAAGAGAUGGAGUCCGAUUUAGUUGGAAUGUUUGGCCAUCAAGUAGAUUGGAAGCUACAAGAAUGGUUGUCCCAGUGGCAGCCCUAUUUACACCACUGAAGGAGAGACCUGAUUUACCACCUAUUCAAUAUGAACCUGUUCUGUGUAGCAGGACCACUUGCCGUGCAGUUUUGAAUCCUUUAUGUCAAGUGGAUUAUCGAGCAAAACUUUGGGCUUGCAACUUUUGUUACCAAAGGAAUCAGUUUCCACCUACGUAUGCUGGUAUAUCUGAACUGAAUCAUGAACUUUUACCACAAUUUUCUAGCAUUGAAUAUGUAGUUCUGCGUGGUCCUCAGAUGCCUUUGAUAUUCCUCUAUGUGGUUGACACUUGCAUGGAAGAUGAAGAUUUACAAGCCUUGAAAGAAUCUAUGCAGAUGUCAUUAAGUCUUUUACCACCUACAGCUUUGGUCGGACUUAUCACUUUUGGGAGAAUGGUACAGGUUCAUGAACUUGGAUGUGAAGGUAUUUCAAAAAGCUAUGUCUUCAGAGGAACGAAAGAUCUGUCUGCCAAACAGCUGCAGGAAAUGCUGGGGCUGUCUAAAGUACCAGUCACUCAGGCAACACGUGGUCCUCAGGUGCAGCAGCCGCCUCCUUCCAAUAGAUUCUUACAGCCAGUACAGAAAAUUGAUAUGAAUCUUACAGAUCUUCUGGGAGAACUUCAGCGAGAUCCUUGGCCUGUACCACAGGGAAAGAGACCUUUGCGUUCCUCCGGAGUGGCACUUUCCAUAGCUGUAGGACUACUCGAGUGUACUUUCCCCAAUACUGGUGCUCGUAUCAUGAUGUUCAUUGGUGGCCCUGCUACUCAAGGGCCUGGAAUGGUGGUUGGAGAUGAACUGAAGACACCUAUAAGAUCAUGGCAUGACAUUGAAAAAGAUAAUGCCAAAUAUGUUAAAAAAGGAACUAAGCAUUUUGAAGCAUUGGCUAAUCGUGCUGCUACAACUGGCCAUGUUAUUGAUAUCUAUGCAUGUGCAUUAGAUCAGACAGGUCUCCUGGAGAUGAAGUGUUGUCCGAACCUUACAGGAGGAUACAUGGUAAUGGGUGACUCUUUCAACACUUCCUUAUUCAAGCAAACUUUUCAAAGAGUCUUUACCAAAGAUAUGCAUGGGCAGUUUAAAAUGGGCUUUGGUGGAACAUUAGAAAUAAAGACCUCAAGAGAAAUAAAGAUUUCAGGAGCUAUUGGACCUUGUGUGUCUCUCAAUUCUAAAGGACCCUGUGUAUCUGAAAAUGAGAUAGGAACAGGUGGCACCUGUCAGUGGAAGAUCUGUGGACUUAGUCCCACUACAACGUUAGCCAUAUAUUUUGAGGUUGUCAAUCAGCAUAAUGCUCCUAUUCCUCAAGGAGGGCGUGGUGCAAUUCAGUUUGUGACUCAGUAUCAGCAUUCCAGUGGGCAGAGACGCAUCCGGGUGACCACCAUUGCUAGGAACUGGGCAGAUGCUCAAACUCAGAUCCAGAACAUUGCUGCAUCUUUUGACCAGGAAGCAGCUGCCAUUCUUAUGGCCCGGCUGGCAAUAUAUAGAGCAGAAACAGAGGAAGGGCCAGAUGUGCUUAGAUGGCUGGAUAGACAGCUCAUUCGACUGUGUCAGAAAUUUGGAGAGUAUCACAAAGAUGAUCCAAGUUCCUUCAGAUUUUCAGAAACUUUCUCCCUUUAUCCACAGUUUAUGUUUCAUUUAAGAAGAUCUCCUUUCUUGCAAGUUUUUAACAAUAGUCCUGAUGAGAGUUCUUAUUAUCGUCACCAUUUCAUGCGUCAAGAUCUGACCCAGUCUCUAAUCAUGAUUCAGCCUAUUCUGUAUGCAUAUUCUUUCAGCGGGCCACCAGAGCCGGUUCUUCUUGAUAGCAGCAGCAUUCUUGCAGAUCGUAUUCUUCUCAUGGACACAUUCUUCCAGAUUUUGAUUUAUCAUGGUGAGACGAUAGCACAGUGGCGGAAAUCAGGAUAUCAGGAUAUGCCAGAGUAUGAAAAUUUCCGCCACCUUUUGCAAGCCCCAGUGGAUGAUGCACAGGAGAUUCUUCACUCCAGAUUUCCAAUGCCAAGGUAUAUCGACACUGAACAUGGGGGCAGUCAGGCCCGUUUCCUGCUUUCAAAAGUCAACCCUUCACAGACCCAUAAUAAUAUGUAUGCCUGGGGGCAGGAGUCUGGAGCACCUAUUCUCACAGAUGAUGUUAGUUUACAAGUGUUUAUGGAUCACUUGAAGAAACUUGCUGUGUCAAGUGCCGCUUGAAGUGCUAACUGUGUAAGGACACUUAAGGAGACGAAAUAAUAUUCCAAUUUCAUUUUUUCCCCUUUUUCAAUUUAUCUGUGGAAACCAACAAAGAUAUCUCUCUAGAUUGUGUGGGUUUUUUUUUUUUUUUUUUUUUUUGGUAUCAAUAUAGUUUGAGAAAACAUGUGGGAAAAUGUUCAUGUUUGUAGAUUAAGCUGGAAUAUAAGAGUGAUAAGAACAAAUUUUUUUGCUUGCCACAGUAUUAUAACUGGUUUUAGAAAUUUGAGAUCUUUUUAAUUUAAUUAUGUUUAAGAGUACAGUAGUCUGCCUUAUACUACACAUGUAACUCAUUUGUGUAUUGCAGACAAAUCCAACAUGGCACUGAAUGUCCUUGCUGACCUUUUAAAAACUUCUUAAUUUUAGCCAGGAGGUAACAAAAUCAUUAGUAAUAAUAAAUGUGAACAUUUUGCUUAUUCAUUGAAUAUUUUUCUGUGAUUUUCAGCACUUACGUGUAUACUUUUCCUGUAUUUCAUUAAAGCAGAUUUACUUUAUGUUAAUUUAAGAAUUAUUUGACUUUAUAGUAGUAAUUUUCACAAAGAUAAUACGAUGUUUUUAGUUAUUUGGAAAAAUAGUUUAGAGAUUAAAAAGCUUUUGGAGGUGACAAUUCCAUAACUGACAAUGUGAAAUUUUCACAAAGUACCCAACUUAGGUGACUAAAUGCAAUGCUUUUCAAAAAAGGGAGCUAGAAAAUGCACUAUUUUGUCAGGAUGCAUUUUAGAAAGCCUUUGCAGUGAAUGGACUGUUCUAACUACUAAACCAGAUUUGAAUUUUGCUGCAUGGUGGUAUUGUUUCCCCUGGUUUCUCUGAGGUAAAUUUCAGUAUUUUAACACUAUUUUGAGAGUUUACAUAUUAUUUUUGUUUCUGCUUCCUUUUUGUAAAAUUAUAUUCAGUUGUGGUUCUUAUUGAAACAGUAUUAUAUGAUAUUUGUUUAAUUAUAUAUGUUGUGAUGUUUAAUUCUGUUUUGAUUUAUUCAUUAGUGUCAUUCACUUUUACUCUUUAAAGUUUACUUGUAGCAGACAUGUUUACAUUGCUAAAGCCAGAUAUGUUUUGACAAUAACAUUUACAUAUCAAGUACUGCAAAUAAAAGGUGGUGCUAUGAUAUAUGCUUAGGACGAUUUUGAUUAUUGUACUUGCAUGAAUACAAUCAUAUGAUGGUAAAACAGAAACUUUAAAACUGUGUUUAUAUAUUAUAUUCAAUUAGCUUAAAUAAAUUACUUUGUUCUAUUUUAUUUGAAUUGAACUGUGCUAAGCCUAAAUGCUAAUAAAAUAUACUUUUCUCUGUUAUUA